UGGGGCUGAGGUGGGAUGCGAGGGAGAGCAGCACUGCUUAUAUAGAUCCAGAUGGCUCCUUGAGAGAGGCCUCUACCAGUAUACAAACACAGUGGAAGACCAGGAGCCGAAGGAGAUAUCGCCGUCAGUCGCAUCCAAAUACCGAGCACUGCUUGAUCACCGCCGCAAUGGCUACGUACACCGUCCAGCAGGGCGACUACAUGUGGAAGAUCGCCAACGACCACGGCAUCGCCCUCGACGCCCUCAUCGCAGCCAACCCGCAGGUCGCAGAUCCCGCCGUCAUCCAGGUCGGCCAGGUCCUUAACCUGCCUGGCGCUGCGGGCGGAACUCCUGCUGCUGCUGGUGAUGCUGCUGCUGCUGCCGCUUCCGCCCCUCCACCGCCCGCUGCAUCCGCUGAGCCCGCCGAGGCAUCGCGGGGGGUGGUCAACGUUGCCUCCGCCGUGCCACCUUUCCAGGGAGGAAGACAAGGGCUGAGGACCGUGGGAUACUUCACAAACUGGGGCAUCUACGGACGCAACUAUCAGCCUGCGGAUAUCCCAGCAAGCCACCUCACCCACAUUCUCUACUCCUUUGCGAAUGUGCGUCCAGAGACAGGCGAAGUCUAUCUCUCAGACACCUACUCAGACCUCGAGAAACACUACCCCGAAGAUUCCUGGAAUGAUACCGGAAACAACGUCUACGGAUGUAUCAAGCAGCUCUUCCUCCUCAAGAAACAAAAUCGUCAUUUCCACACUCUCCUCUCCAUCGGCGGCUGGACGUAUUCCUCCAACUUCGCUGCUCCAGCAUCCACACCUCAGGGCCGUGAGACUUUUGCCCGCUCUGCUGUUAAACUGGUAGCCAACCUGGGCUUCGACGGCAUAGACAUUGACUGGGAGUAUCCCAAGGAUGACACUGAGGCGUAUAACUUCGUUCUCCUCCUCGAAGCCGUGAGAUACGAACUAGACAAGUUCUCCGCUGAAGUUGUCCAGCGUCCAGACGGCGGUAGGCUGCUGUUGACCGUUGCUGCACCGUGCGGAGCAUCCAACUAUGCAGUGCUCCGCAUGGCGGAUAUGGAUCGAUACCUUGACUUCUGGAACAUGAUGUGCUACGAUUUCGCAGGUGCCUGGGACAGCAACGCAGGACACCAGGCAAACCUUUACCCGUCCGUAGAUAACCCUGCCUCCACGACAUUCUCCAUUGAUGCUGCUCUCCGUGCAUACAUGGCCGGAGGCGUUCACCCGUCAAAGAUCAUUUGUGGCCUACCUCUGUACGGCCGGGCGUUUGAACAGACAGAUGGGCCCGGGAAACCGUUCCAGGGCGUUGGUGAAGGAUCCUGGGAGAAUGGUAUAUGGGAUUAUCAUGCUCUCCCCAAAGACGGGGCUGAGGAAUACAAUGACGAGAACCUAGGUGCUAGUUGGAGUUAUUCUGGUAGUGAUAGAAAGAUGAUAAGUUACGAUACGCCGCUGAUCACCAGAAAGAAGGUGGACUAUAUCAGAGGCGUUGGGCUAGGUGGAGCAAUGUGGUGGGAACUAAGUGGUGACCAUCCCGUUGACCAUGAACGGAGUUUGAUUAAGACGGUAGUGGAGGGAUUCGGAGGCACUGGUGCGUUGGAGAUGCGAGAGAAUAACUUGAACUACCCAACGAGUGAGUACGACAACUUGAGAAGCGGUUUCCCAUGAGCAUGGGCGCAAAAACGAUACAAGGGGGUUAGGUUCCCAUAGGUAAAUAGAUAUGCAUAAUGAACUGGAUUGAAUAACCUAACACAAAAAGCCUAACAGCUCCGAGAUACACAAAUAAGCAUAUAGGAGUGGGUUAAAAUGUAGGUAUUGGUAAUCGCAUAUUUUGCACAGGGCCUUGACACUUACAUUUGGCGGUGUUGGUAGGAGGGGGACGAGGGAGGGGACAUGUAGGAAGAUAAGUUCAUUAACAAUGUUGUUUUUUGUUUUUUGUUUUUUUGUUUUUUAAACAGGGUUAUGUUUCUGCAUGGCAGAGAAAAAAGGGGGGAGAAAACAUCAACUUCAAGGGUGGAUCUGGGUAUGUAUUCAUUGGCAUCAAAAGGGCUAGGUGAGAAUGGUGGCAAGUGCCGGCGGGAAUGUC